GUCAGGGAGGUAUACACGGCGAUAACUUGCUUUCUUUCGUGCGGUAUGCAUAUCGCUUAUACAUUUAUGUUCGGUAAUGGAUAACAGUAUAUUAUUCUCGCAAUAUGAUUAAAAAUAGACCCAUGCAGCAUAUUUUUUACUGGUUAUUACAAUGAUUCACUUACCCAGUAAGCGUGUAGUCAAUAAUAAGGUUCCCCACKUGGGCCAGCGUGUUAAUAUUUGUUUGGGUAUCGACAUUAGCCAAUCAAAGAGAACAGCUCUUCUCCCGCCAAAAUAUAAUUAUAUAAAUUACAGUGUAAACACUUAGAGGGUCUCUUUCCAAGCGAUCAUUGAUCUCAAAAGCUAGUUAGUUAACAUUACGAGUUAAGUGUAAUARUGGCCGAUAUUUCUCUAAGCGAUCACUACGUUGUCCUACUUCAAGAUGUUGUGAACCAAUCGAAGUUCUUGAGAGAGGAGAUCCACAAGGAUAAGAGUACGGAGAAAGAUGUUCUAGAGAACAUAGCUAAGAAAGUCGAUGGGCUAGCGACGACAGUAAGUUCGAUAAAUGCGACGGCUGCGAGAAGAGUUCGCCAAAUUGGAGGGCCUACAAAAGUCCCUAAGAUGUGUAGCAAUGACUUUCGACAACAAAUAAAAAAGAUGGCAAAAGCAGAUCCCGAAAACCUAUCUCUAAACUUGGAGGAAAGCCAAGACUCUGAUCACAAUUUAGUCAUAUUCAAUCAGGUGAAGGAUGAGCUUUACCAUUCUUAUGGAGGGGAAGGAAAGUGUCCUUGGACAGUGUUACAGAUGAAAGUUGCUUUAAAAACAUACAUGCGAUCAUUGAGAGCAAGUGCGAAAAGAAAGGCCAAGGGUAACAACCAGGAGCAUGUUCGAUCAUGCAGAAGGCAGAAUCGCAAGAAAGAGAAGCUGGGAAGAAGACUUAAAAGCCUUGACUCUAAGAAGUGGAGUAAUGAGAAGAAGGCAAAAAUAGCCAGUUGCCUCCACCCUGACUAUAUUUCGAGUGAAGAAAGUGAGGUAGAGGAAGAGGAACCAUUUAAGACAGUGGCAUAUAUUGUUAAACCUCUAAACUGGGAAAGUCAGGAACUAAAAAAGGCAAAGAAGUCUCUUGACAAACAYCAUAAGGAUUCUUUGCCUGAUUUAGUUAAAAGGAGAGUUAUUCCCAGGCGGAAUGGACAUCCUUCUCGAAGACAAAAGCCAAACGAUUGCCCAGACUGGGCUUGCCUUCAGUAAUAAUUAUAAUUUURUGACAUUCCUAAUCAUAAAAGCAUUUCUUAAUUUCUGAUUUGUAUCUCUUGCACUUGUCAACAUGUGUGCAGAUGUUUCAUGUUUCACCUCCAUUCAGUUUCAUGUCACAAYAUAAAACAGUCUGUAGUAUGUGCUACAACGUUUUAUUAGCUAGUGUAUUGUUUGGCUUCUUUCUUAAUAAUAGCAAUGUCUCUUACUCCUAYCAAAUUGCACAAAUUCCAUGCAAUGAUAUGAUCAAAUGUACAAGAACUCUCUUUUUAACUUGUCUGUUUUAGCUCCUUAUUUCCCUAGU